AUGCAUAUGCUCGUUUCCUCCAUGCCAGGGUGGGUGGCCGGAGUCAUUUUCGGCAUGUCACCCAUCGGCUUCCGCUGGAUCCGCUUUCCAUCCCCAAAACAUGUAUCCGAAAUCCCGUUGCUAGAUCCUAGCCUGUGUGAUGACUUGUUCGAGACACGCCCAUGGGAAGAGGUAACAGAAGCUUACGCAGCGAGCUACUGCACAGCGACAUCAUACGCCGAUAAAGACGUUGUCUCGCCCACUCCGCCUGUAGCACAGCCAUAUACGCCGGUUGGUGUGGCUCCUCGACCAGGUGGGGGGCCAUCCAUCGGCUCGCCAAAACAAGAUUCGGGCGGCGGCUUGGCGAAGCUUAAGCAUGGGCUACAGCAGCUGAUCAGCAUUGGCGGUGAUAUAAAGGUCUAUCUGUCUGCCCGCUGUUGGACUUUAUUCCAUCAUCACAUCUCAUCAAUCAACCAAACUCACUCUACUACUACCACUCCAACUCACUCACUCACCCACCCACCCACCCACCUCUUCUCUACCACAACAACCAACUCAACACCUCUCUUUCAAAAAUGCCUGCCAGCGUCGCCUCCUCCAUCUCCACCAUCGUCAAGCCCACUGCCCCCAAGUGCGGCGAGUCUUGCGAGUGCUGUGGCUGCGACGAAUCCUGCUGGUGCACUGUCAUGUAAAAUCACUUUUCGACAUGUCAACAACUAUGGAGUACGAUACCUGGAACGAUGA